UCUCUCCCUCUCUCUCUCUCUCUCUCGAUCUGUGAUAAUAACACACAGAGCACAGUCAUGGCGACAGUGACAGUCCAGCCGCUCACCCUGGAGCGAGAUGUGGCCAGAGCGAUUGAGCUGCUGGAGAAAUUACAGGACUCGGGUGACGUCCCGGGUCACAAACUGCAGUCCCUGAAGAAAGUCCUACAGAGUGAGUUCUGCACGGCCAUUAGAGAGGUCUAUCAAUAUAUGCAUGAAACGAUAACAGUAAAUGGAUGUCCGGAGUAUCAAGCACGUGCUACAGCAAAGGCCACAGUGGCAGCAUUUGCAGCCAGCGAGGGUCACUCUCACCCGCGGGUGGUGGAGCUCCCCAAGACAGAUGAGGGGCUUGGCUUUAACGUGAUGGGUGGAAAAGAGCAGAACUCACCAAUCUACAUCUCCCGCAUCAUCCCUGGAGGUGUAGCUGAAAGGCACGGUGGUCUUAAAAGAGGCGACCAACUCUUGUCAGUCAAUGGAGUGAGCGUUGAGGGUGAACACCAUGAGAAGGCUGUGGAGUUACUGAAAGCAGCCAAGGACAGUGUCAAACUGGUGGUGCGUUACACCCCUAAAGUCCUGGAGGAAAUGGAGGCAAGAUUCGAGAAACUCCGCACCGCACGCAGACGCCAGCAGCAGCAGAUCCUCAUGCAACAACAGCAGCAGCAAAACCUGGCUGCCCAGCAAAACCACAUGUCGUAGGCUGUUCCAAAAGAAGAAAAAAGUAGAGGACACUGGGUGAGACUUGCUGAAUCUCACAGUCGUGAUGUAAGGAGGUCUGCGAGAUCUCGGAAGAGGUUCCUUACUGUUCUCCAGUGAAGACUAUCCUCUUUCAGUCAACUACCUACAACUCAAAAAGACUGAAAACUCCAUGAUCUGUGUUCCAAAUUGGUGCUUGGAAAAAUGUUCAUGACAGCAUAGAGGAAGGCUACCACUGACUACAUGGUUUUGCAUCUGCUUGUUCAUAUUUCAAUUGUCUGAAACCAAUCGCAAGUUGUGACCCUCUUAAAAAGUCCCUCUUGUAGUUUUGUGAUAAUGUGUUUACUCAACAUGUAUUUCUAAAGCAUUCAGAAUUUUGUUUCAUGAUCCUUUUUGUUGCCACAGCGUUGUACAAUAACCUUUCGAAUGGUUCUUUUGGUGCUGGUGUCUCUGUGAAUAGAAACCGCUUUUUAUGUCAGCCAUCCUUAAAUGGAUAACUGAGGUAUUUUAUACCAUAUUGUAGCAAGGGAUAUUUUGUAAAGAAAGUAGAUUUAGCAAUAACACUUGUUUGUCACAUUCUGCUGUAAAAUUAUGAGUAAAAGGUCAACUUUAAGUGUGUAAAAUUAAUAUUACGAGGGUAAAAUUACUGCAAAACUGUAUCUUAUGCACCAUGUGACAUAAGUCAGAGUAAACCAUAAACAUCAUUUGCACAGAAUGUUCUUACGAGAUCACUGUAUCACAGUGCCAUUGACAGAGAUUAUCUUGUACAUUUGGCUUAUUGUAUGGCAGACAUGCUUUAAAAGUAAAGUGUGUAUUUUUUGUGCCAUGAAACAAAAAUGUUGACUGUUUUCGGACAGGUUUUCAGAACACUUUGCCAUUUCUACCAUUGGUUUGCAAAUAUUUUGUCAAUCUAAUUAUGAAAAAUUAACAGGUAUAUAUGAAAACAUUGCAGUUUGUCUGCAUAUCCAACUAGAAGCAUUUGAGAUGAACCAACGACAGAAACAGAGAGACCUCUGAAAACAAUACUUAUUUUCACAAUUUUGUUUCUCAAAACAAGCGGUGCAGAAAUUGCGCACUUUACCUUAAACAGAUCAUUUAUUCAUGAAAGCUGUACAGUUUUGAUGAGGUUUUACGGUUGUUAUGUCACUACUGAAGUUAAAGUGUAAUGUAGAAAUAUUCUAUUUAAGUUCAGAUAUUUAUAGUAGAUAUUAUGAAAUUAAUUACUAUGAGGACGAACAGAAUGUCAAACACAGAUACAUGAUAUCUACAUAUAGAGUUGAAUCAUAACAUAGUAUUUUAUUUUAAUAAUAAGUUUAUUAUCUCAAGAGUUUGGAAAGAUUAUUAAAUGUGCUUCUCUGUAUUAUGUUAGUUUUUCUCAAAACAGACCACUUUAUUAACUAAAAAAAUAACAUUGUCCUGUUUUGACAAUCAAAUUAAAAAGCAAGCAUUACAUAGCGCAUUUUAUUUAAUAAAACUACAUCUUUGCACAUUUCAGAGCUUCAUUCCCUCAACAAAAGCUGGCCAAAUGUCUAUCCAUUACAGUGCUGUAGCCGUACUGUUAGUUCAAGUUUAAUAGAAGCAAAACUGUAAAUCAGCAAGUAGUCGAUGACCACCACCAGUAAUCAAAGGUAAUAUUGUAUCGGUGUUAAUGUAAUUUGGUUUGAUGGUUUUCCUGACGUAGGACUUUGGUAGAUACCUAAAUUAGCUCCUUUGUUGGUUGUUUUUUGAGUAAUCUCAGACUGUAGGUGACAUGUAAACGUGUCAUCCUAAUACGUAGGCAAAAUCACACCAAGCUGUGAAGGUGAUUUGUUCCUUGAUUGUCAAUCAGUUCAUUUGAAUGGAUUCUCUUCCCUUUUAUAUGUUUACUUACAGACUUUCUUAUUAAUGACUUGCAUUUUUGAGGCUGGACAAGCUGAUCUUAUUAUACAGCGAAAAAAUACCAAGUGAUAUGCAAUUGUUAUACAUAUUAUAUUUGUACAAAUAAAUAUGUGUGC